AUGGCAUUUCUCGGAGUAUACCGAGCCAUCUACGACUAUGUCCCCCAGAGUGAGGGCGAAUUGGCUCUGAGCGAGGGAGACUUGCUUUUUGUUUUGGACAACAAUUCCGAUGAUGACUGGUGGAAAGCAAAGAAGAAGGCCAUGUCUGACGACGAAGAUGAGCCAGAAGGCUUGAUCCCAAACAACUACAUUGAACAAGCGCAACCUCUCUACCAAGCAAAAGCCUUGUAUGACUACACCAAGCAGACUGACGAGGAGAUCUCAUUUCCUGAAGAAGCCCGUUUGGAUGUCUACGACACGUCGGACGACGACUGGACACUUGUUGGCUUGAACGGCGAGUACGGAUUUGCUCCAGCCAUCUAUAUCGAAAAGGCUUCAGCUGGUGCCGCUUCAUCUGUCGCUCCCGCUGCACCUGCUAUGCCCGCACGCCCACAAAUCGCCUCGCCCGAGCCUGAGGAGGCCGAGUGGAACGAGUCUCCGCCCGAGAGUCCAGUACAGAACCCGGCUGCUGCCCUCGCAGGUAUCAUUGCACAAAAGACUGGCCAAUCGCAAAACCAGGCACGCUCAUAUCAAGCACCUGUGGAUCGCGGUCUCGCUUCGCCACCUUUACCUUCCCGACCUCAGUACACUCCCGACGAAUCUGAAGAUGAACCGGCUCCUAGUAUGCCUCCACGGCCAGUCUCCAACGUUUCGCGCGAACCUGUUUCUUCACCCAUCUACUCUCCAGUUGAGCGCGAGCCACAAGGCGUCAGCACUUCACUUCCUUACAACAGAGCGAUGGCUAUUGAGGACGAGGAGGCUGCUCUAAGGUCGCCUGGUGGUUUCCGACUCUAUAAUAUAUCAGAGGUGGUUUCGCACAUGGGAAAGAACAAGAAGAUGCCCAUCACUCUGGGUAUCAACCUUGCCAAGGGUCUGGUUUCGCUCUCUCCUGCUAAGGCGCGAGAUGGUCCAUCUCAAGAGUGGUCAGCCGAUCGACUUUCAAACUACUCGAUUGAGGGCAAACAUGUUUUCCUGGACUUGGUCCGCCCUAGUAAGAGUGUUGAUCUCCAUGCUGGCGCAAAAGACACUGCCCAGGAAAUUAUUGGUAUUCUGAGCGAAUUAGCUGGUGCCUCGAAAGCUGAGGGACUUCGCGAGGUUUGGGCUGCCAGCUCUGGCACGGGUGCCGGCGGAAAAAAGAAGGGUACAAUGUUAUAUGAUUUCAUGGCGCAAGGAGACGAUGAAGUCACUGUGGUCAUUGGUGACGAGGUUGUCAUCUUGGAUGACACCAAGAGCGAGGAGUGGUGGAUGGUCAAACGCCUGAAGAACGGAAAGGAAGGAGUUGUUCCUAGCAGCUAUGUCGAGGUUACUGGAACUCUUCCCGAGCCAUCGUCAGCCUACACUGGCAUUAACUCCGCUCGUUCCACCGUCGAGCAGAACAGACUCGAAGAACAGCGCCUUACGAGGGAAGCAGCUAGAUCUUCGACAGUACGCGACUCAGAUGAUGGAAGCAGACCCGAGCGUCACAGCAGUUUGGCCAAAGAGGACCACCGUAAGAGUAGGCACAGCAAGAGCGACAAGAGCGACAAACCGAAGCCAAACGCUGCAAGAGUGCGCACCUGGACAGAUAGAUCUGGUUCUUUCAAAGUCGAGGCUGAAUUUAUCGGCUUGAAGGACGGCAAAAUCCAUCUUCACAAACAGAACGGUGUCAAGAUUGCUGUUCCCGUUAGCAAGAUGGCUAUCGAAGACCUCGAAUACGUGGAAAGAGCGACUGGUGUCUCCCUCGACGAGGACAAGCCGCUCUCGGAGAUUAAACGCAGAAGCACUGAAAAGAGAAAGGAGCGACCGGAUCGACUACAGCAAUCUGGUACAGCAGGUGCUGUCAUCGAACAGAAGCCCGAGUACGACUGGUUCGAUUUCUUCCUCGGGGCUGGUGUGAACCCACAAAUCUGCGAGCGUUAUGCUGCCGCCUUCAGUCGCGAUCAAAUGGGCGAAGAAAUUUUACCUGAUGUCGACACCCAGCUGCUGCGCACACUCGGUCUCAAAGAAGGCGACAUCCUCCGUGUGAUGAAGUAUCUGGACAACAAAUUUGGUCGCACUGGGCAGAAGAAGAAUGUGAGCUUUGGUGAAGAUGAUGCUGAUGGUGCGACCAAUGGUGAAGGUGGUCUCUUCUCUGGACCUGGCGGCGCUUUGCGAAACAACACACGCAAGGGAAGGCCCGCUCCCGCCAUCCAGACAAACGAUGUCGUUGACGCCGAUGCAUUCAAGCAGAAAGAUGAAACACCCAAGGUUGAGACCCCCCUUGCUUCUGCUCCUGCUAGAGCGGUUGCCUCUGCUGGAUUCGAUGACGAUGCGUGGGACGUCAAGCCGUCGAAGACUGUACCAGCUGUUGAAGCACCAGUCGCUGCUGCCACGCCCGCAAAGGCUCCUUCACCUCCGCCAGCACCUCCCGCUCCCGAGCCUCCAAAGCUCACUCAGAACAUGUCGGAUCUAUCUUUACUUUCUCCCGCACUGCAACCAACGCCCGCACCUCAACCCGCUCCUCAGGCACCUCCUGCGCCCCCACAACAGCCCGCAAGAACCGGUGCCGAUCCUUCGUUCUUCGACAAACUUGCUGCUCCAGCUCCAUUGCAGUCACAAGUGACAGGCAUGAGACAGCGCCCUGCAGCUCCAGCACAGAUGCAGACUGGCAAUUCGAUGAUUGCACCACCGCCGCAACGUGCAGCUUCCGCUCCUGGCCUGCCUCAACAAGGCUUUGCUCCGCCAGCUCUGCAACCUCAAAUGACUGGUUACCAGGCACCUCCUGGUCAAAGCCUCCAGAGUUUGCAACAACAGCAACAAUUCCAGCAACAGCAAAUGACUGGAUUCCCUCAGCAACCUGGCUAUCAAGGUCUCAUGCCUCAAGCAACAGGUUACAUGCAGCACCCUCAGCAGGGAGGCUUCCAAGCACAGUAUCAGAUGCCACAGGCCACGGGCUAUGGCCAGCAACAGCCAUUCCUCAACGGUCAGGCCACGGGAUCACCUUUCGCCGACCCUACCCCUCGUCCCAUUUUCCAGUCCCAGCCUACUGGACUUCCACCAGCCCUUCAACCCCAGCGUACAGGCUUCACACCUCAGAGCCAAUUCGGUCAGAGUUACGCUCAGCAACAGAACGGCUUUGGCAGUUAUGGACAGCAAGCACCACCUCCUAUGCCUCCCAUGCCAGCUCAGCCUACCGGCCUGCAGCCUCUUGUGCCUCAAAAGACCGGUCCUGCUCCACCAGUUCGCUUUGGCGUCCAGCCCGCUGCCAGACUUACGCCACAGCCAACAGGUAGGGCCAACCUGUCGAAGGCGACUCCACAGAACCCCUUUGGUUUCUAG